AGCACGGGCGCGAGCACGAGCAUGGACGCGGGCAUGCAGGACGCGGGUGUUGGUAUCGUGACAUGGGGUUGCGAUUACGACACUUAUGCAUCCAAGGGCAUAGGCGCAAGGUGGAACGCUCAAGAGGCAGUGGGCCUUGCUAGUGGAGGCGUCGAUACUGGGGCCGUGGAGUGCACACACGGGCAACUUGGGUCGAGACGCUGGCAUGGAGGGGUGCAAUCAGGCUCAAGGCACUGGCGCGCAUGGGAGCGGCCAAAGGCGUCCACAAAGCGUGCAAUGCUAGCAGCGGAAGAAGUGUCGACAUGCCAAAUGUUGGGGAAGGCUGACUUGGUUUCGAUUGAAGGGGUCAGUUCCGAGUCAAGUGCUGCACGAGGUCUAGUUAGAAAGGUGGACGAACUCCAAGGUCGCCGAUCUGUGCGUCGGAUUCCGAAAUUCCACUGUUCUCCAAACCUUCAUCCAAAGUGGCCUCGUUUAUUCAUCCCGCUAUACAUUCCCAGCCUCAUCAGCUCAACUUUUAGCCAUGGCAACAUGUCAGUUUGGGGAGGAGCUGCAAAAGGAGAGCUUACCAUUGCAAAUGGGCUCUCGCCUUUACCAACUGCAAUGGCUCAAACCACAUACUUGGUAUUAGGUGAAGAUAUCGUACCCAGCCAGCUUCUAUACGUACCGGCCAGUUUUUCCUUGCAACUGAAGAGGGGAAAUUCAGACUCAGGGACACUUACGAGCAGAAGAUUACUCAAUACAUUAUAACACUGUAGUAUUAUUGUUUAGUAUAUAAAUUGAUUGCUAUCAU